ACCCUACAUGGUUAAAAUGUUUGCCGCGGAUCAUGCUUCUAGGGUUCGCAUGCUCUAUAAAUUAAUAUUCCGUGUACAUCGUGCAUUACCUGCAGAACUGAGGAUCCUCGGAGACAACUAUGCAAGAGAUGAGUUCAAAAGGCACAAAAAGUGCAAUCCAGAAGAGGCAAAGAUAUUUCUUACUGAAUGGACCGACUAUGCAAUCAACUUAGCCAAACAAAUGAAGCCCCUAAAUCAAGCGAUAAAGAAAGAAGUGGGGAAAUACAUAGACCCUAAAAUGCUGGAUUACAUGACAGAUGAACAAAUAGUCCAAUUGUAUGAAUUGCACAAAGCUGCGGUGAACGUUGAUGAUAGUGCACGGAGUGACAAGUGAUUCUGGUACCUUUGUGAAGCUUGUGAGGGUACAGUGCCCCAGUGGUCUCCUACUUAUCUAAGAUCGUAAUUCUCACGCAACAAACACUGAAUACUUGUCUAGAUCAGUUACUUUUGUAUGUGUGUGUGUGUGAAUUGAGUGAGCACCCUCUUUAAAAAGUUUAAAAUAUCUUAGUCAUUUAGUAGAAGUUCUAAAAUUAUUGUGGAAACCAAACUUUGUAAAAAGAUAAAAUAAAAGAAUAAUAACUCAGGGUCGUAUUCCAGAACUCUACUCAAUACCCAAGUCAGGACUUGAGUAUUGUAGUGAGCACUGAAAAUCAUACUCAAGUCU